AUGCCUUCCGCCAUUGUAGCUGGUGCCACAGGCAUCACCGGGAGUGCCAUUAUUCACCACCUCGUCAAGGACUCGUUCUAUGACAAAAUCUACUCAUUAUCGCGGCGCAACUCUGGCUACCAGCAUCCCAAGAUCCAGCAUGUCUCCCUUGACCUCCUGGGCUCUGUAAAAGACAUGGCCCAUAACCUUCGCGGGGUCUCAGCCGAAUAUAUCUACUUCUGUGCCUACAUGGCACGCGACGAUGAGAAAGAAUUGUCGCGAGUAAAUGUGGCAUUCCUGCACACUUUCCUUCAAGCCCUCGCUGCUGCUGGGGCUGAUAGGAGAAUCAAGCGUUUCAUUCUCACUUGUGGGUUAAAGCACUACGGCGUUCAUCUGGGACAGGGCAAGCAACCUUUCUUAGAAGACGACCCAUUAUUAGCGGAUGCCGAGGGGACUUGGCCUCCUAUAUUUUACUACGAGCAACAGAAGGUCCUCGCCGAGGCCGCCGUCAACGGCCAUUGGGAAUGGGUGGUUACGCUGCCAGAGGAUGUACUCGGAUACGCCAAGGGCAACUUCAUGAACGAAGCCACCUCAAUUGGGCUCUACUGUGCGGUUAGCAAGGUCCUUCCAGGUUCCGAGCUACCAUUUCCCGGUAGCAAGGCCAACUAUUUUACAUUUAACUGCUGGACCUCGGCGAACCUGCACGCUAAAUUCUGCCUUUGGGCCGCGACGGCCCCCGCAGCGGCCAACCACAUCUUCAACGUGGUAAACGGCGACACGGAGUCCUUUCAGAAUCUGUGGUCUCGUCUGGCCGCUCGAUUCGGGUGCAAGAUUCCAAAUCCGAUGUUUCCGAGUGGCGGGGUGCCCGACACGAAGGGAUUUAAGGACUACGAGUCGUCGACGAUCCGGAUGCAGCAUCGGCCACCCAUAAAGGCGCGUGCAUCCUCUCUAGGUCUCUCUUCAGACCCCCUGGUAGAUAACGCUCCCACACUCUUUCUGCAGGUGGACCCGCAGAAGUGGGCGCGUCGACCGGAUGUGAAAGCAGCCUGGGGGCAACUACGGGAGAAGUACCAUCUGGACCAGGACGCAUGGGACAAGGCGACAUGGGAUUUUCUAGUUUUGACCAUGGGCCGAGACUGGAGCUGCGUAGCGAGUAUGAGCAAGGCUCGUAAGCUUGGAUGGACCGGAUAUGCGGACACGUGGGAGGAACUGGAAGAUACUUUCCAAAUGCUGGAAAAAGGGGGGGUUCUGCCGCCAGUGGAGCAGCUCCGGCAGGACUUCUAG